AUGUCUGACGCUAUCACUAUCCGCACCAGAAAGGUCAUCUCCAACCCAUUGUUGGCUAGAAAGCAAUUUGUUGUCGACGUCUUGCACCCAAACAGAGCUAACGUCUCUAAGGAUGAAUUGCGUGAAAGAAUCGCUGAGGCCUACAAGGCCGAGAAGGACUCUGUCUCUGUCUUUGGAUUCAGAACCCAAUUCGGUGGUGGCAAAUCCAUCGGUUUCGGUCUAAUCUACAACUCCGUUGCCGACGCCAAGAAAUUCGAACCAGCUUACAGAUUGGUGAGAUACGGUUUGGCCGACAAGGUCGAGAAGCCUUCCAGACAGCAAAGAAAGCAAAAGAAGAACAGAGACAAGAAGAUCUUUGGUACUGGUAAGAGCUUGGCCAAGAAGGUUGCCCGUCGUAACGCUGAUUAA